AUGUCUCUCUCUUCUCUCUCUCUCGGCUCCAAUCCGAGAAUCUCCGUCGGAGGUCCAUAUAACCAACGCUAUCCUCCGCUCCACCAUCCUCGGAGCUUCGUCUCGUUAUCUGCUAAACGUACGACUGUCUCGGCGUCACUCAGCGUCACCGCUGAUUCAGCCGCCACUGAGUCUCUCGGACGGAUUGGAUCACUGAGUCAAGUAUCGGGUGUACUCGGUUGCCAGUGGGGCGAUGAAGGUAAAGGCAAGCUCGUCGACAUUUUGGCCCAACACUUCGACAUCGUUGCUCGCUGUCAGGGUGGAGCUAACGCUGGACACACUAUUUACAAUUCGGAAGGAAAGAAAUUUGCUCUUCACCUUGUGCCUUCUGGUAUAUUGAACGAGGACACGACUUGUGUGAUUGGGAACGGAGUUGUGGUGCAUUUGCCAGGUCUCUUCAAGGAGAUUGAUGGUUUGGAGUCCAACGGCGUCUCCUGUAAAGGAAGGAUCUUGGUCUCUGAUCGUGCUCACUUGCUGUUCGAUUUCCACCAAGAGGUUGAUGGGCUCAGGGAGUCUGAGCUUGCGAAGUCGUUCAUUGGCACAACGAAGAGAGGGAUUGGUCCUGCCUACUCCAGCAAAGUGAUCAGGAACGGUAUUAGAGUUGGUGAUCUCAGGCACAUGGAGACUCUGCCUCAGAAGCUUGACGUUUUGCUGUCAGAUGCAGCGGCGAGGUUCGAAGGUUUCAAGUACACUCCGGAUAUGCUAAGGGAAGAAGUGGAAGCGUACAAGAGAUAUGCUGAGAGGUUGGAGCCGUACAUAACAGACACGGUGCAUUUCAUUAACGAUUCGAUUUCUCAGAAGAAGAAGAUUCUGGUCGAAGGUGGUCAAGCUACGAUGUUGGAUAUUGACUUUGGUACAUAUCCUUUUGUUACUUCCUCCAGUCCGUCAGCUGGUGGGAUCUGCACAGGUCUUGGUAUUGCACCUAGAGCUAUUGGUGAUCUCAUUGGAGUGGUGAAAGCAUACACUACAAGAGUUGGUUCAGGUCCAUUCCCAACGGAGAAUCUGGGAGCAGGUGGUGACCUUCUUAGGUUGGCUGGACAGGAGUUUGGCACAACAACUGGUCGUCCUCGUCGGUGUGGCUGGCUUGACCUUGUUGCGUUGAGAUUCUCUUGCCAGAUCAAUGGAUUUGCAUCGCUGAAUCUCACUAAGCUUGAUGUACUUUCUGACCUGGACGAGAUCCAGCUUGGUGUGGCUUACAAGAAGAGUGAUGGCACUCGUGUUGAUUCGUUCCCUGGUGAUCUUCGUCUUCUCGAGGAACUGAAAGUGGAGUAUGAAAUGUUACCUGGAUGGAAGUCUGACAUAUCCUCAAUCAGAAACUACGAAGAUCUUCCAAAGGCAGCACAGCUAUAUGUUGAGAGGAUUGAAGAACUCGUUGGUGUACCGAUUCAUUACAUUGGUAUUGGUCCCGGUCGUGAUGCCCUUAUAUAUAAAUGA